UCCUUUUUUUCUAAUUUCACAAAAAGUUUUGCUCUCUUUUGAAGGACAGUUUGGAAGGUCUCUAAUUCUGAUCUUUGAAUUGACAUUUUCUACUGCUUAGAGGAUCCCCUGUCCCAGUUUCUCUGGACCUACCCCUCAUGCUGCUGUGGGUACUGCUAUUGAUUCUUGGUUUGCUCAGCAGACAAGCUGCUAUUGCAAAGAAAUCUGUGGUGGAACCCAGGCCUUCAUGGACACCUAUUUUGGAAGGAGAGGCAGUGACUUUAAUUUGCCAUGGAGUUGGCCCUCUUAAAGAAGAAAGGGCAUGGUGGUACAAAAACCAACAAUUGCGAGGAAUUCUAUCUACAAUCAUUCAGACUAACCAUCCUGGAGAAUACAGAUGCCAGACCCAGGGCUCAACCCUCAGUGACCCUGUAAACCUGGUAUUUUCUUCUGAUCCGCUGAUCCUGCAGACGCCAUAUUCUGUGUUUGAAGGAGACACAUUGGUCCUGAGAUGCCGGGGAAAGAACACUGGGACAGUCAGUCACAUGACAUACUAUAAAGAUAAAAGAAAAUUGCGUGAUCUUAUUACAGAUUUUGAUAAGUUCCUCUCCCUCUCACAAGUUGGCUUAAAUGACAGUAGCAAAUAUCAAUGCACAAGAGUUGUUAGUUCUGCUUGGUCUACUUGGAGAGAAACUUCAAAAAAUGUAGCUAUCCAAGUCCAAGAACUGUUUUCACCUCCUGAGCUGAAAACCACAACCUCGGAACCCAUAGAAGGGACCCCAGUGAAUCUGAGCUGUGAAACUCAGCUCUCUCCACAGAGGUUAGACACAAAACUGUACUUCUCCUUCACCAGAGAUGGCAUGGUCAUCACAUCAAGUGGGAAGAAUUCCCAUGUACUCCAGAUCCCCACCAUCCAGACAAAAGACUCAGGUUCAUACCGGUGUGAGGCAAAAGCAGUGACUCAGAAUAUUUUGAAACAGAGCAACUAUGUGAAGAUCAGUGUGAAAAUUCCAGUGUCUCAGCCUUUCUUCAACCUCAGUGCAUUCAGGGCACAGGCCAGUGUGGGGGAUGUGGUAGAGUUUCACUGUAAAGUCCUCAGAGGUUCUUUUCCAAUACAGUAUCAAUUUUAUCAUGAGAACACAAUCCUUGAGAACAAGAUAGCUCUUUCUGGAGAUGCAGUUUCCUUCAACCUCACCAUGACAGUUGGGCAUUCUGGGAAUUACUUCUGUAAAGCCAACAACAGUUUCAGUUAUCAACUCAGUAAAAAUCUGACGCUCUCCAUCUCAGAUCCUAUAAGAAGUCAGACAAACACGAACAUCAUGGAAAUUACUGUUGCCCUGAUCAUCAUCUUUAACCUCACUAUUGUUGUUCUUGUGGUUUACUUCAAACUUCUGAGAAAGUCAGGAAGAAGCUCCACCCCCAACCCAUACAGGGUCUCUUCCAUCUCUGAUCUUCAAGAACCUGUCUAUUCAAAUCCAUCUUCCCAAAAGGAACUGAUGCCAAUAUAUGGUAAUGUAAAUCCUGUAGCUGAAAAUGUGGUUUAUUCUGAGGUCACUUCCAAAGAAUAUGGAAAAGAAGCAAACAACACAAAGAAGCUUCCAGAGAUUGAGGAUUCCCCAGUUAUCUAUGCUGAAGUGAAGCAGAAACAUCAGCCUAGAGAUUCAAAGAAGACCAAUGCUGCAGACAGACGUCAAGAUGUUGCUGAAAAUUAAGAAAAUGCAAAGCUCUUCUGACCCCUCAGCAACAAUUUGAUUCACACUCAAAUUGUUUUUGCAUUUCUAUUUUUAACAGCAAUUCUUUCCCUAAGUUCAAAACUGCACC